AGUUAAAUUACAACCCAGGCAAGCAUUUAGGGAUAUUCAACUUGAACCUCAUCAAGAUCCUCCCGCACUGUCCAUCAGUCAUCGGUCAACAACAACAUCAGCAACAACAGCAACAACAAGAUGCUAUCAUCAGGGACCUUAAACCUGAAGUUUAUGCAAAGGAAACAAGCCCCAAAACCAGCAACAGCAACAACAACAACAGUCAAGCAAGAAGAGCGAAAGAGGCCAACGACAGAUCCAUCGAAGAGCCGUUCACUGUCACGAAAAGAUGAAGAAGGAGGAGCUCAUGGGGAGCCCCACUCAUCAUCAUCAUCAUCAUCAACAACAACAACAACCACAAAGCUACAGCACCAGCUCCACCCUUCCUCACCAACUCCUCCUCCUACCCUCACGAUCAUCUUCGAAGACUCCUUGAUCGGAUUCCCUUGGUUAUCCUCUCGCCCCUCUUCCUCUUCCUCUUCUUCCCUAACCCCGACCCUUUCCGUCGUCAAUUAUCCUCAUAUCGGUCGCAAGAGCUUUGGGGAAUUCAAUAAAUCGAUCCAGAAAUUAGAAACAGAAGAUUCGAUAGAUACCAAAGAGCCGAAAAAAGAAACCACGCAGACCACCACCAGAAGGAGCGAGUCAGCCACAAGACCAGAAUCGAAGAAAGCGAUCCAACCCGAUGCAGACGAGGACGAGCGAGACGACAAGAAGCGACGAAAGAAAGCCCCAAAACCAAUGAUGAGGAGUAGCCAAGCAUCCCACGAUAGUGAGGAAGAGGACGAGGAACCCAAGAAGAAAAAGAAGAAAAAGAAGAAGACACAAGAAGCACAAGAAGAAGAAGAAAUAACUGAGAGGGCGUUCAAGAAACCGUUUACCUCGACGACGAUCAAGACCAAACGGAAGACCCCAACGACGACGGACAUACCCGCCGCCGAUGUCCCUUCUUCAAAGCCCCCCAAAACCACUAAAACAACUCAACUCAACCACUCGACGUCGUCUUCUAAACGAGCCAAACAAGCGUCCAUCGUCAUCGACGAGGACCAAGAUCAAGCCGACAACGAAUCGGUGAACCGACAGAUCGAGUUGAUGUUCACCGAAGCGCGCAAAGCUCAAAUCACGUGACCAGCUUCCCUCUUCUUCCCUAGAUUUCUUUCCUUUCCUUGUCUCUCUCUCUCUCUCUCUCUUUCUCUCUCCUUAUUUUUGUUCUUAUUCCUCUACAACGCAUUUCGACAUCUCUAUCCUCUAGAAAGAAAAAGAAAGAAAAAAACACUUAUUCUUAUCACCCUGUGUGUCUUUUAUUACCCCCAACCAUUCACUCAACAUGCAUGUUUAUGCAUCCAAACACCACGGGCUGGAAAAAAAGAGCAUGUUUUUUCUUGGGG